CGCCCGCGAGGCCGCCUCGCCACGUGGUCGCGCGCGGCGGCGCUGCUGGGCGGCGUUCCCGCCCGUUCUGCCUGCGCGGAGCGGGGAGGGGAUGGCGCCCCUGAGCCCUCAGGACGGGCUGCAUGGAGCUCCCCCGCCUCCUCUCGGGGCGCUGAUACGGGAUCCCCACUCCGUUUGGGCUGGUCUCGAGUGGGUCCUGCUGUUGAGAAAGAAGAUCCUGUGAGGAGCAUAAAAGACUGCUGGGAUAGCCCGAAUGCCCCUGCUCUUUCCACUUGCAGCAAUGCGGAUAUAUUCCGCCGAAUAAAUGCCAUGUUGGACAACUCUCUGGAUUUCAGUGGAGUCUGCACCACGCCUGUCACAAAAAGCAAAUGUGACGCCCUGCCAGACAUCCAGGACUCUGAAGAAGCAGUGGCAAGCAGGAUGCUCUUCCCUACAUCCACUCAAGAGUCUUCCCGUGGCCUCCCAGACACCAACGAUCUGUGCCUUGGCCUGCAGUCUCUCAACCUGACAGGGUGGGACAGACCCUGGAGCACCCAGGACACUGACACUGCAGCACAAACCAGCACGCAGUCCGUUCUCAGCAUGCUGAGUAGCCCUCUUGGGAAUGUCCUGGGGAAGCCCCCACUGGGUUUUCUGCCUUUGGACCCCAUUGGUUCAGACCUGCCAGAGAAGUUCUCCACACCGCCGCUGAGGAACUCGCGCUCCCUCCUGGACUCCCGCUCCAGCAGCCCCUCGGACUCGGACACCAGUGGCUUCAGCUCUGGUUCUGAUCACCUCUCAGACUUGAUUUCAAGCCUUCGCAUAUCCCCUCCUCUGCCCUUCUUGCCUCUCAGUGGGGUGUCGAGAGACCCCUUGAAGAUGGGAGUGGGAUCCCAGCUGGAUCAAGACCAAGCUGCCCUGGCUGCAGUCACUUCCUCCCCAGCCAGUGCAUCGAAAAGAUGGCCUGGAGCAUCUGCGUGGCCUUCCUGGGACCUUCUGGACUCUCCAGAAGAUCCCUUCAGUAUUGAAAGAGAAGCCCGGCUUCAUCGGCAGGCGGCAGCUGUGAAUGAAGCAACCUGCACCUGGAGUGGGCAACUGCCUCCCCGAAACUACAAGAACCCUGUCUACUCCUGCAAAGUGUUCCUGGGAGGAGUCCCAUGGGACAUUACAGAAGCUGGGCUGAUCAACACUUUCCGUGUUUUUGGCUCCCUGAGUGUGGAGUGGCCUGGUAAGGAUGGCAAACACCCACGCUGUCCUCCCAAAGGAUAUGUCUACCUGGUGUUUGAGUCCGAGAAGUCGGUGCGUGCGCUGCUCCAGGCAUGCUCCCAGGACCUGCUGAGCCCUGAUGGGCUCAGUGAGUACUACUUCAAGAUGUCCAGCCGCAGGAUGCGCUGCAAAGAGGUGCAGGUAAUCCCGUGGGUGCUGGCCGACAGCAACUUCGUGCGCAGCCCCUCGCAGCGGCUGGACCCCAGCAAGACGGUGUUCGUGGGGGCCCUGCACGGGAUGCUGAACGCAGAGGCCCUGGCUGCUGUCAUGUACGACCUCUUUGGAGGAGUGGUCUAUGCUGGCAUUGACACUGACAAGCACAAGUAUCCCAUAGGGUCAGGCCGUGUCACCUUCAACAACCAGCGCAGUUACCUGAAGGCUGUGACUGCUGCAUUUGUGGAGAUCAAAACCACCAAGUUUACCAAGAAGGUUCAGAUUGACCCAUACCUGGAGGACUCCAUGUGCCAAGUGUGCAAUGCCCAUCCUGGCCCAUUCUUCUGCAGAGACCAGAUCUGCUUCAAGUAUUUCUGCCGCUCGUGCUGGCACUGGCAGCACUCCAUGGAGGUGCUGCGCCACCACCGCCCGCUGAUGCGCAACCAGAAGAACCGGGACUCCAGCUAAGGGGCCGCAGCGGCGUGGGGCCGGCAGAGUCCUGGCAGAACCUGCCACCAGGAGAGCGCAGCAGCGCCUGCCAGAGCCAGGCCCGGCUGGGAACGUUCUUCCUGAGGACUGACGGGGAAAAAAACAAAAAUCUUACAUUCAUGUUUGCACUUGCUGGUCUUUUUGUUUCUGCACUAAUGCACAGUGAGUUUUGUUGGGGUUUGUUUGGGGGUGUUUUGAGAGGGGGAGUGCCCCUCAAGCCAUUCUGCAGUUCCCAGACUUUGGUUCCUGGUUUGCUGACGAGAAGCAAAAAUCAAAAAUGAAUAAACCCAACCAACCAAGGGCCAUGUGUCGCGGAGGUGUCACCGCAGGCGCCUCUGACCUGGUUUUUUUAUUUUUUAAAGGCGCUUUUUUUACAUUCCUUGCAAUACUGGUGGAGAGAGCGCAGGUCUCAUUGGUCAUUGUUUUGCCGUUGCCAUACAGUGCCUUUCCAUUCAUUUACCCCCACCUGGAUGGUGUGACCUGGGUGUUCAGCUGGUGUUUUUUACUGUAACAACAAGGAGACUUUGCUCUUCAUUUAAACCAAAUCAUAUUUCAUAUUUUACGCUCGAGGGUUUUUACGAGUUCCUUUUUACACUCUUAAAAACAGUUUUUAAGUCGUUUGAAAUGAGGGAUUUUUUUGUUUUCCUGGCAGCUUUUAACAUUAUUGCAAUUUGUGUCUGGGGGCUGCUGGCAGGACGUUGUAAAUCCAGGGGUUUACAACGGGACAGGCCGGGCUUUUUUUUUGUUUUUGGAUUUGAAACUGGACGGGAUGAGGAUCUCUGAGCUGCUGUAUAUAGUUUUAAAUAGUUUGUUGCACUUUUUUAAGUUGCACUUACGGGGGGUUGAUAGAGGUUUUUAAUCACACAAAGUCACAGGACUUACCUUUUCUUUUGUAACAAGCUAAAAAAGGGCUGCGUUUUGGUGGAUGAUGAAGGUUCCUGGGAGCCCUUUCUCUUAGAGGGGACAAGUAAUUUUCCUUUCCUUCCCAAGAUGUUUGGAGUAUCAGUGCAGUCGACUGAAAUGCUGCUGCUGGGAUUUGAGACCUUAAUUAUGCUGAUCAUUAUUAUUUUGUUACUUUCCCCUCUAUUGGAAGCUGUGUGCCAAAGAACCAGUGUCAUAAUUUCUCCCUCUUUACUAUGAUUAUUUUUUUUUCUUUCCUGCUGAGCUGAUGUUGCAUUGUUGCAUAUCCCAGCUGCUCUUUGUGGGGUUUUGUGAAGCUGUGUGUGAAGUCUCUACCUCAUUGUAGUAUAUGCAGGCAAGACUGCACUCUCCUACAGACGUGUGGAGUAAGCUGUGGUGUAGUUUUUGGCACAUAAUAAACACGUUGCAGCAAAAAAAACCCAAUUUUCUUGUGCCUUGUGUCCUUCAUGGGAGUUCUCUACAGCUCCGAGGGCUGUGGUGUUACUUCCUGGAGGUGUGGGGGAAGGUCUGGAUGUGGUUUGGGGGGGAGGGAUCGAUGGAGCUCUGAAUUGUGGAUGCCCUGAGUCACUUGGGAGGGGAGCUCUAUCUGCUGGGCAGUGCAUUUUUAGAUUCCGUUUACCCGAAGUCUCUGCGGGCCCCUAGGCUCCAGCUGGAGCUCCCCUAAUUGCAACAAGAAGUUAGUGAUCCUGGUCGCGGGGCCGGUGUUCUCCCGCUGUGGCAGUGCAGGCGCUGCUCCUGCAGGGCUGUGAGGAGAGCGGGACCCGGGGCUGAGGAGGGCUGAGCUGCCGCAGUGGCCACCUUGUGUGCCCCAUGUCCCUGGAACAGGGAGGGCUUUGGCUCCUUCCACGUCCCAUACGAACUGCAGCAGCCUUGCUGUGGUCACUCCUCCUCCUUUAGAGGUGGUGCGAGUUGGUGAGUGCUCAGCGCUCUCUGUCAGGCCAGCUGUGGGAGGGGCUGGUGCCACUGGCACCGCGAGUCUCUCGCAUUCCCUUCGGCGGCUGCUCCAUGCGGGGCCGCGGCGCUGUGGCUGGUGCCACUGGCACCGCGGGUCUUUCCCAUUCCCUUCGGCGGCUGCUCCGUGCGGGGCCGGGGCGCUGUGGAGCCCUGAGGCUGCGGGAGGAGCCGAGUCUGCCACCGCGCCCGCCAUGGCUCCGCCC